CACUUCGCCGACUCCAAUCGCUGCUUCCUGGUUACGCCAGCGAGUAGGAGGUGGGGGCGGAAACAGUCAAGGCGCAUUUUUGAUUUACUAUUUCGAAUUAGAGUUGUUUUAAAACUAUUGUGUCCACGUUUUUAAAGAAGGACACGACUCUAUGGACAUAAUCGACACGAUGACAGCCAUGAAUACGCAAACAGGCCGACGCUGCGAUCAGUGAAUGGUGAACCUUUUAACGCGCCACGUCACUGGAGCAAAUUGAGGCGCCCCGGAACUGAGACGAACCCCGCUGUGGCCAAGAGAUACAUUUCGACGUGUUCUCGUGCUUUCGUGCACUGCUGUUCUUUUUCAGUGUUAUUUGACAUUUGCCUACCGAGGGAAAGAAGAGGUUUCAUGUCCCAAAAUGACGGCCUCGAACUGGGGUCUCAUCAUGAACGUGGUGAACAGCAUCGUCGGCGUGAGUGUGCUCACCAUGCCCUUCUGCUUCAAACAGUGUGGGAUCGUACUGGGAACUCUCCUGUUGUUCCUUUGCUCCUGGAUGACGCACAAGUCAUGCAUGUUCCUUGUCCACACCGCAAGCAACACCAAGAGAAGGACCUAUGCUGGAUUGGCCUUCCACGCUUACGGUAAAGCGGGAAAAACACUGGUGGAAACCAGUAUGAUCGGCUUAAUGUUGGGGACCUGCAUUGCCUUCUACGUGGUCAUUGCCGAUCUGGGCUCCAAUUUCUUUGCCCAGCUGUUGGGUUUACAGGUGACGGGCAGUUUCCGCGUGCUGCUGCUGAUCGCCGUGUCGCUCUUCAUCGUGCUGCCUCUGAGUCUGCAGCGGAACAUGAUGUCCUCUAUUCAGUCCUUCUCGGCGAUGGCGCUCAUGUUCUACACUUUCUUCAUGUUCACGAUGGUGCUGUCUUCAUUCAAACACAAGCUGCUCAGUGGCUGGUGGCUAGGGCAGGUCAAUGUGGUGCGCUGGGAGGGGGUGUUUCGCUGUCUCCCCAUCUGUGGGAUGGCCUUCGCCUGUCAGUCUCAAGUGCUUCCGACCUACGACAGCCUGGAUGAGCCGUCCGUCAAGCGCAUGAGCACCAUCUUCACGUCGUCCCUCAACGUCGUCACCGUCUUCUACAUCACCGUGGGCUUCUUUGGCUACGUCAGUUUCACGGAGAACAUCGAGGGCAACGUGUUGAUGAACUUCCCCUCCAACCUGGUGACCGAAGUGAUCCGGGUGGGCUUCAUGAUGUCCGUGGCUGUCGGCUUCCCGAUGAUGAUCUUACCGUGCCGCCAGGCCAUCAACACCAUGCUCUUCGAGCAGCAGCAAAAAGAUGGGACGUUUGCAGCCGGUGGCUACAUGCCUCCUCUGCGCUUCAAGAUGAUCACCCUCGGCAUCGUGUUUGGCACCAUGCUGGGAGGCAUUCUCAUCCCCAACGUGGAAACCAUUUUGGGUCUGACCGGAGCCACCAUGGGCAGCCUCAUCUGCUUCAUAUGCCCGGCUCUUAUCUACAGAAAGAUCCAGAAGAAUAGCAUCAUCGCUCAGCUGGUGCUUUGCGUGGGUCUGGGCAUCCUUCUCAUCAGCACCUUCACCACUUUGUCCAUCUCGGCCCAGGGCCCCGCGACCAAAAUCCAAGCUCCCCCUCCCCCGGCACCCGACAAGAGCAACGUGCAACCGCCGGACGUCAUCGAGCGGCCCGAGAACCUUCCCGAUGUGAAACCAGGAGACAUCGGCCAACCCGACCUCCCGGCGGUGGAUGAACUGGAACCAAACAAAGGGCAGCCGGAGGAAGCCCUGCAGAUUAAAGGACCAGUGGGACUGCCGGAGAGCAAGAAGGAGGAAGAAGUGCAAUUGGACCGCCCCGACGCCGGUGUCGCCGUACCGGAGGGAGAAGCCCACCGCCACGAACCGCCGAUCCCGCACGACGAGGUCCAGAUAGACACCAAAAAGAACAAUGCCGAGUUGGAGGAGGAAAAGAAAUUAGCGGAGGAUGAACGCAAACGAGACGCGGAGCCGGGCGGAGGUCAGGACGCCGCGAAAAUAGAGGAGAGUGCGGAAAACGUGCUGAAGCCGGCGGUAGUCGUUGUCAAGAAAGAGGAAGCGGACCUGGGUGGGGGCGAAGGGCGUUCCAAUGAGGUGCUCGAGAAGGUGGCGGAGAAGAAUCGAGAAGUUGUAGCCCCGAAAGAAGCGGAGAGGCUCGACGCCGUGAAAGACCAAGUGGACGCACACGCCGACGAGCCUGCGGCGGAGCGAGGCGACAAAGUGGACAACGCUGCCGAGGCUGCGGGGAAACCGCCACCUGCUGCUGAAGAAGCCCAAGCGGCAGACAGCAAAGAUGCCGGGGAUGAGAAAAUGGACGUGAUAAAAAAGCUGGUUGCAGAAGGCCAGCUGGAUCACGCGGUGCUGCUGCAGGUCAUCAAGGAGCAGCAGGAGCAACAGAAGAGGCUUCUUGACCAGCAGGAGAAGCUUCUGGCAGUCAUCGAGGAGCAGCACAAGGAAAUCCACCAGAAGCAGCCGGGCGAGCUCCAGGAGCACGAGGAGGAGGCGGACGGAGGAGCGGUGAAGCCCCGAGACUCUGAUGCGGAGCAGCCCGAAGAGCCGGCGGCCGCCGGGGCUCCGCAAGUCGCCGGCGUGGAGCCUCGCGCCGCGCCGCCCAAUUCAGCUCAGGCUGCUGAAGACAAGCCACAGGAAGUAGCCUUGGUAGCUCUUGCGGCGCCUCACAAAGAGAACAACCCAGGUGAGUCCCAUCAGCAGAGUGAGCUGGGGGCCAGAGGGGUGCCUCUAAAGAGGAACCUACCCGCCAUCCAUUCGCCGGCAGCGAACAACGAGCACGUUGAGGACAAGCUAGAUGAUGAAAAACAGAAGCUGGAGAGCGCGGCGCGAGCCAAGAUGGAGCAGCUCGAGGGGGAGAAGAAGGAAAAGGCGGCGGCGGAGGAAAGAGAAAGAUUAGAAAAAGAACAGCUGGAGAGGGAGGCGAAGGAAAAGCUGGCCAGAGAGCAGGAGCGGCUGGAGAGGGAGAAGAUUGAGAAAGAAGUGCAGGCUCGGGUGGAAAAGGAACGACUGGAGAGGGAAAAGAGAGAGAAGCUGGAGAAAGAGAAGGCGCUGAAGGAGAAAUUAGCGCAGGAGAAGGCCAUCAAAGACAGACGCCAGCAGGACAUUGAAAAAGCAGACAAAGCUUUGCUGGAGAAAAAAGAAAAGGAGGCGCAGGAGCGCUCAGCUCAGUUCGAGCCAGCCAAAGAAGCCCAAAACGCCGGCAACGCCGCGCAGGGGGCUCCGAGAGAAGACGGCGAAGCUUUGAAGAAAGGAGGACGAGACCUCAAAGAGAAAGUUGCCGCUCGGGGGGACCCGGGAGAGGACGGCCGAGACGGGCCGGUCAAAGCCGCAGCUCGCCCUCGGGGCUCUCGCGAGAACGACGAGGGAGAGCUGGAUCUAAAGCGCAGGCGCAGGGCCCUGGGACGCGGCCAAGACGCGCCGGCUCCGCAGGGGCCCGGCCUGCCCCAGGCCGUGCGCGGGCUGGAGCCCCUGCUGGAGCUGGGCGGGCCCGACCUGCACGUAGCCCUGGAGGAGAAGCUCCUAGCCGGGGCAAUGGUCCACUCGCGGCAAAUUAAGCAAACCUCGGAGGACGAGGAGAUGAAAUAACACGCAUCACUCACACACACACGCGUUGUUGACCUGGACAGCCUCCGGAUUGACACGAAGGAGAGCGCGACGUCGUUGCCUUCGGAAUUGUUACACAGACGUACGGCGGUGCCUUGCGGCGCGAGUUUCAUUUUUGACUACAGACAAAACAAAGUUUCAAAUUGUCCAAAUUCCUUCAUAAAAAACAAAGAGUUUGUACAGACUAACUUAUUGUCUCGUGGGGCGCAAUACAAAUGAUUAAGUUGUUUAAAUGUACAUACAGCUAUGCAAAUAGAUUCUGUCAAGGGUGGGUAAUAUCUACCAUGAGUCACUUUAUUUUUUGGGAGGGGGGCCUGCCCAUUCUUGUUUUCUACAUCCCGCCCACCGAAAUUGAAGUGUAAAUACUGUAAAUCUUGCUGUCUGUUGAUGUCUCCUUUCAAUGUAAUGCUGGAGCUGCCUCUUAUGUAGGGGAGUACUGUUUUUUUUUCAACUGUUUAGUGACGCUUCAGUCAUGACUGAAUGUGCAGCAAUGGUCAUGUCAGGUAUUUUUCAUGUACAAUUACAGUCAUAUAUUGAACAAGCAUCAGUAUUGUAUCAAAAAAUGGAGUGCAAACCAUUUUCUCAGCACAUCUCGCUUUUGUACAAAGGUUAUUUUCUGACUAUUUUUCUAUCGACAAUGCUUUAAUGUGCACUCGGAUGAUAAUAAAGGCUCC